GGAGGUGUGGCGGUGCCCUGGGCUUUGCUGCUGUUGUGUGACAUCUGACAGUCUGCUCACAGGUUUUGCAGUGCCUGGAGGUUUAUGCCUGGGUCAUUUCCUGGUGAAAUUAUUUUUGCAGGGGAGCAGGGAUGCCAUGGAAAUCUGGGAGAAAAAAAACCUCUGUCCCUGUGCUUCAAAAACUGCUGUAUGAGGUCCUGUUUCUUGCUCUUUCUCCAGUUCCACACCAAUAACAGGCUGAAACAUCAAACAUCUGGGAAGCCUGCCAGUCUGUCCAGGCAGGAAGAAGAUACAAUGGACAGCAGGACUGGCUUUGAGCAGGACAGAGACUGUGUCACUUUAGGGCAUGGCCGGGGGCUGAAAUUGGAACCCUGUUUCCAGACUGACUCUCUCUUGCCUUCCCCCAAUGCAUCUCUGAUGCCACAGUUCCUCAGCCGCACAAUGGCUGCCAAGAACCUGGAUCCCACCAUCCCUUUCCCUUCCUCUCAGGCAGUGGCCCUGCCUCAUGAGUACAAAUGUGGUGCAAGUCCUGAAGAAGAAGCACAAGCCAUGGCUUUCCCCAGGACCCGUGCCCUGGCUCCUGUGCCCUGUGCUGGUGACCAGCUCUCCAACCAGCAGCCACGGGAGCAGCUCUGCGACCAGCACUUACGAGCCAAACGGGCCAGGGUGGAGAGCAUCAUCCAGGGCAUGAACCUCCCACCAGCCCCUCAGGCAUUUGACACGAGCUCAAAAGCAGCUUUUAGGCAUGAGAGGGAAAGGGGUGGUGAGAUGUCCCAGGAGAGCAAGAGAAAGCCAAGGGUGCCCCAGCAGGGCGAGGGGGCAGCGGGACGAGUGGCUCCCACAGGGGAAACUUCCCAUGCCAAGGGCUGUCAGCAGCUGAAGGAGCAGCUCUGCUUUUUAGAGCAGCAGUUGAGGUGGCUUCAGGAGAAGUUCUACCAAGUCUGUGACUCUGAGGAUGCUCCCCAAAUCCAGGAAGAGUCUGAGAAAGUACAGCCACUGCCUGGAAAGCCAGAAGACAGACUGAACAAGGACAGUGCUACUGCCACCAGCAACCCACACAAAGCGCCUCUCAGGAGGCGUGUCCUGAGUGGGCUGGAGGAGGCUGAGGACAGAGGUGACACAGGUGGCCUGCCCUCAGUGGUGAGGGUACUCUCACAGGCACUGAAGCACGAGCUUGCUGUGGUGACAUCCCAGGUAGUGGACACCGUCCUGAAGGCUGUCUGGCCGAAGGCAGACAGACACAUCCAGAAGCAGCACCACAGUCUUCCGAUGCUGGGGCCAGAUGCCAGGAGAGAGUAUUCUGCUGGUGGGAAAUGCAGAAAGCCACUUGCUAAGCCGUCUCCCAUGAAUGCACCAGGCUCCCUGGACUCACUCCAAGCUGAGGUCCUGCCAGGAGCUUUGGGGAAGAGCCCGGGCUCUUAUGCUAGUUCCUUCAGUUCAAAGGGUGUCAAAAAAUCCUCUCAGGUACCCAGCAUGGGUUAUUCACUGGGCUUGGCCACCCCUGCCCAGCACAGCCAGCUGCUGAGCCAGCUGUUGGGCUACAGCCAGCACAACCCCUGGCGCAGCGACUCCCAUGAGAGCCCAUCUGCUCUGGAGAGGGAUUGUCCAGAGCCCCUCAACUUGCACUGGGGAACCAUUAAACUGAGGUCAUCGACUGUGAGACAGCAGCAGCACCAUCCCCUGCCCCUGAGCCCUGCCAACAUGGAGAGCCUGGCACUACUCCCGGCUGGCAGGGAUGGCCACAGUGAGCUGCCAGCUGCAAAUGACAGAGUGCCCUUUGCCUCGACCCAUAUGCAGGAGGCGCUGACCCCCGGGCACCUGAAGAAAGCCAAGCUGAUGUUUUUCUUCACCCGCUACCCCAGCUCCACUCUGCUGAAGACUUACUUCCUUGAUGUGCAGUUCAGCCGCUGCAUCACCUCCCAGCUCAUCAAGUGGUUCAGCAACUUCCGUGAGUUUUACUACAUCCAGGUGGAGAAGUUUGCCCGGCAGGCCCUGCUGGAGGGUGUUGUGGACGCUUGCACUCUCCAGGUCUCCCGGGACUCAGAGCUCUUCCGUGCCCUCAACAUGCACUAUAACAAGGGGAAUGACUUCGAGGUGCCAGGGCGGUUCCUGGAGGUGGCCAGCCUGACACUGCAGGAGUUCUUCAGCGCCGUCAGGGCAGGCAAGGAUGCCGACCCCUCCUGGAAGAAACCCAUUUACAAAAUCAUUUCCAAACUGGACAGUGAUGUCCCAGAAGGGUUCAAAGCUGCUGGCUGCUCCCAGGAACUGCUCCACAGCUGAGCCUUUGUGAAAGCAGCCCUGGGUUGUAUGUGCAGCCACCAUGUGCUAAGCACCUCAUGGGCACGCUGUACAGUACCUGUUGUUUGGGGUAUUCUCUCUCUGAGGGCUAUGCCUCUCUGUAAGACAGCUUCUUAGGUAAGGCCUAUCACUUGCCUCAUGCUGGAGUUUUAUGCUGUGUGUUUUAUUCUGCUGCUCAGAACUGGUGGGGACCUCCAGAAGGGAGGGAUAGAGACAAAGCCAUCAGGCUGGAGCCUGAGAAGUUGCCCUGGCCCAGCUCUCCCCAUGACCCUGGCUGAGCUGUCCUCAUUCUCUCUUCCAGAGGGUCAUAAACCAGGGCAAACAGCCUUGCUGUUUAUAAAACAGGAAGAGGUCCUAGUAGUGGGCAAAGUUUCCUUGGCACAGCAGACUAGCGGAUGUGCGGAGUCCAAAAAGCAUGACUCAGUUUCUGUCCAGAUACAACACACCAGUGUCCAAAGAAAACAGCUGGUGAAUUCCAGCAUUUCAAGCACUCCAUGGGGAUAGUUGUUCCUGUCUGGGAUAUGUAAAAAUGAUGUUGUAGCCAGCAAGAACAACACUCUCCUCCACCUCCCCUGUGCUGUUAGACAAGACCCUCCCCAUGCAGCUGUGUGCUGUAGCCAAGCAAGUGUGUGCUCCCCAGCAGUGUUCUCUGGGAUGCUGGAGGAGAGCAGGGUGCACAGCCAGCACUGCUUGGCACUCCAAAGAGCCUCCAUCAGCCCAUCACCUGGGAGGAUAACUCCAUGUUAAACACCCACACAUUUUUCCUUUCACCCUGUUCCUGCUGGCAAAACUGCCCCAUGAAUCUCUGUUCUGCACCCUGACCUUGGUGAGAGAGGAGAACGUUAUUUGGGAUCCAUCAGUCCCUGCAGGUUUAACACAAGCUGGGGAAGAGCUGGGCCUUGACAUCUACAACUCCAUUACUGUAAGGGUUGUAAAGGAGGUUUCUUUAUCCUGUGGCCAAGGCUUAAUGACUGCUUUUCUCCCUGAUGGAACAUGGAGCUUUGUGUUAAGGGCUCUCUAAUCCUGACAGAGGUGGCAGUGGAAGGGAAAAGGAAGAGGAGGGAGUCCUGACAGAAGCAUGGCACGAGGGCACUGGGAGGGCAAUGAUGAGCAACAACAUACCCAUGCAAAACCCUCAGGGAGAAGAAGACUGGGAAAAGGCCAAAAUAAUUUUGGGAGUGCUGUAAGGUGUCAGCUAGUAUUAGAGUGCAGCAAGUGACUCUUGAGAGGAGAAUCACAGCUCCAGCAUCAGAUGAGCACAUGGGGUGAUCCACAGGCACUGCAUCUACAGGAGUAAAGAAGUGGUAACAUCAGGACACAAUGGUAAGCUCUGAAAUAGGGGCAGUGGUUCCCCCCAUCAUGAGCGUGGCCACACAGAUUUCCUGUUUCUUUUUGUAUUUUUAUUUCCCCAAUUUUGUAUAUUUUACAACCCCAACACCAAAUUUAUUUGAUUCCUUUUUAAAUAAACACAUUAUUUAAGUCACCCCUAUCCAUCUCUAUAGACCUAUUUGAUAAUGUCUGUUCUAAAGAGUUAUCCUAAGAAUUUCUUGCUAUUUGUUAGGAAAAAAUAACACUCAGCAAAAGGGCAGUCCUCCUGCCAGCAUCUCUGUGGGAUCAAGCAGGACACACUAACCAACACCACCUCCUUUAAACCUGACCCCUCACCCCAAUGCCUAUGAUUAGUCUGCUCUGAAGUGCAGCUUGUGAGGAUCAGGAAGGGGAGCUGGGGGCAGACAGAGACAUAUCCCAAAGCUUAUGGGUGCUGGACUCACAUGUACAAACAUUGGAUAAAUGCUGCUGCUGGUACCAUGAAUGUGCCAUUCCUGCAGGCAAUAAUGGCUUCAGACCUUAAGUAAUGCUUUGGAUAGGCAAAACCAAAACUGCUGGAAAGUGAAACGAUGGCCUGGCUCAGGGAAGGGUCAGCAAAUUCAUCUGUCUGUAGCUGAAUAAUCAGACAACAUAAGGGACAGGUUUACUGGAGACAUCCUGCUGAAACAAAGCUUUUUUAUACAGAGCUCCUGGUAGGGGUAGCAGUUUCUUGCUUCCUGUGGUAACAUGCAAACCUGUGAGUGUCAGUAAAACAGCAGGUGGGGGACAGAGGACAAGACAGUGCCCCAAAUCAGAGUCAUGCAGUGGCUGAGGUUGUAGGAGACGUCUGGAGGUCAUCUUGUCAAACCCCCUGCUCUAGCAUGGCCAUUGAGAGAUGGUUGCCCAGGACUGUGUCAGAGGGGUUUUAGGUAUCUCCAAGUAAAGAGGGACUCUACAACCUGAUCAUUAAUAAAGACAUUUAACAGGACUAGACUAUUUGCAGCAGUAUAUUUUGCUCCAAUGCUUACCAUAUAAUUACAAGUAGGAACUAGAGAGCUGUGUAUUACACUGGUUUUUGUGAAAUGUGGGCCAGUAUGACCAUGACAAACAGCAUCUGGCAUCAGCUAUCCUUUGCUUGUGAUGAGGUCUCACUACUUGUAUCCAUGGGUUCAAUUCUGCCCAUGUAGAUUUUCAAUAUGACAAAGAAGACAUAGAGAAACAAA